ACUCUCCUUUUUCUCCUGCACCUUCACAGGGUUUAGCCACCACAAUCGUGUGUGUGUGUGUGUGUGUGUGUGUGUGUGUGUGUUAUUUGUGCAAUUGUGCUGCAAGUGAGGGGCUGCCCUGCCUUAUCUCUGGCCUGAUAUAAAUAGCCUGGCGCAUGCCGGGAAGGCAGCACUGGAUGGGGUCUCUUGAAGAGUGAUCCGGGAAGGCAAAGGGAGGCCCAGACACCCCCAGGCUGGUGAGAACCGCAGUUGUGGGGCUCUCUGCCUUCCUUGGAUGAGGAGUGGGCUGAAGCUCAAGAGAGCAAGAGGGACACACAUUUGACCGCACAUUUUCCAAGUCAGAACAAACAAGAAGAGGAGACGCCAGGAUGACAAAGAAAGCAGGAAAGAGCCUGAAAGAAAAAGUGGCCCUGAAGAACCACCUGCUGAAGGAAGCGCUGGCCGAACUGGGGACCUUCGUCUUGGUUGCCCUGGGCUGUGGCUGCGUGGCACAAACGGUCCUGAGCAGAGGGGUCCUGGGAGGAGCCCUGAUGAUCUCUGUUGGCUUCGCCAUGGCCGUCACCGUUGCCAUCUACGUGGCCGGGGGCAUCUCUGGGGGUCACAUCAAUCCAGCUGUCUCCUUCGCCAUGUGCCUGACUGGGAAGAUGAAAUGGGUCAAAUUCCCCGUUUACGUCCUAGCACAAUAUCUGGGUGCCUUUCUUGGAGCCGCUGCAGUCUUUGGCAUCAACUACGACGCACUCAUGUUCUACACCAAUGGCAUCUUCGCUGUCAAAGGACCGAAUGCCACAGCGCACAUUUUUGCAACAUACCCUCAGGAAUAUUUGUCCCUGACCAAUGGCUUUGCAGACCAGAUGAUGUCCACGGCCUUUCUUAUUCUGGGGGUCUUUGCCAUCAUCGAUACGGACAACUUGGGGGUCCCGAAGGGGAUGGAGCCCAUCGCCAUCGGCCUCCUCAUCAUACUGCUGACCUCUUCCAUGGCCCUGAACAGCGGCUGCGCCAUGAAUCCUGCCCGAGAUCUGGGGCCCCGCCUCUUCACCUACCUGGCGGGGUGGGGGGACGAAGUCUUCACAGCCGGCCAUAACUGGUGGUGGGUCCCCAUUGCCGGCCCCAUGGUUGGGGCAGCCCUGGGAGCUGCAACCUACAUGCUGUUCAUCGAGGUCCACCACUUCCCCCUCUCCCCCUGCCAGAAGAUGGACAGGGGCGCCCUCCAUGAACAUGAACUGACCCACCUGGAGGAGGGGAAGUAGGGCCCAAUGAAGCCCCCUGCCCCACCCCCUUGAGAGGACCACGACCCACAGAAAAUAGGUGGCAGGAGUCAGAAUCAACAGCCUCUCACCCCUUGCCCUCAAGACAGUUAGGUUUAAAUCUGAAAAUGAUUCAUGACAUUCCGCCUGCCUCUGCUCCAUCCCAUCCCCCACCCCGUUCAUCAAUCUCUAUCCCCUCCAAACAACAAAAAGUGCCUGGCACCACCAACCCCCUGCAGUGCUGGGUCAGCUGAGCCGUUUCCACACCUGAGUUGGAAAACCAUCCUUGGCUUCAAUCUGGGCAGCAGGAGGAGAGCAGCAUCCAGAACCAGCUCAGCCCUCCUGGGCACAGAGGUUUCCCACAAAGGAGCUGCCCAGAGAAUGGCGCUUCCUGAACUGUUGCAACACCUUUGGCCUUUCUGUAUGGGGGAGGGGCUCGUGGAAGAACAGGCUGCCUGGCAAAGUGACCGGCCUCUCUGUUGCUUUCUCCCCCCCCCCACGCAAGCCUUCUCCCCAGCUGCAGCACAGCUGAGUUGCCCACAAAGCUACAACCUUGACCCAGGUGUGUUGUGGAGCUGCAGCUGAACCAAAGGAGGGAGAAGGAGGCCCAGCCAGAGGCACCCAAGGCAGAGGAAAGGGCAGCUCCCCGUGUGGGCCCUGAGCAGCAGCACAAACCCCUCCCCCCAGGCGGUGCAGACAGGGCCGGCUUCAGAAAGAAGCCCUGAGGUGGAGAGCAUAGUUUAGAGCAGUGGUUCUCAACCUUCCUAAUGCCGCGAGCCCUUAAUACAGUUCCUCCUGUUGUGGUGACCCCCAACCAUAAAAUUAUUUUCGUUGCUACUUCAUAACUGUAAUUUUGCUACU